AACUAUUAGGUUCGAGAAGGGUAACAUUUUGUUCUGAUCUUGAUAAUAAUCUACAAAAUGUGUGAGUGGCUUCGCGUUCUCGCCGCCCUGGUGCUUUGUUUGCAAUGUACCAACGCUGGUCCUGUACUAACUCAGCCAGCGAGCAUCUCAACUUCACUGGGAAAUACCGUCGCAGUCACUUGCACCAUGUCCGGAGGCAGCAUGGGCAGCUACUACACGAGUUGGUACUGGCAGAAACGCGGCAAUGCCCCUGUAUAUGUUUGGAACGACUAUGAUUCCAGCAGAGGUUCAGGAAUUGCUGAACGGUUCACUGGAUCCAGGGACACGUCGAGGAACGUUAUGCGAUUAACCAUCUCCAAUGUACAGGCCGCGGAUGUCGCUGAUUAUUAUUGCAGCGCCUGGGAUAGCAGUGCUGGUGGAUUCACUUUCGGGAAAGGAACAAAACUGAGUGUAGGCGAGCCGCGGGCGCCCUCGGUCUCCCUCCUUCCGCCUUCAUCGGAUCAAAUCAAAGAAAAGGAUAAAGCGACCCUGGUGUGUUUGGUGAGCGGUUUUAAGCCGGGAGCUGUGGAGAUUGAAUGGACUGUAGAUGGCAGUGUCAGAGGCAAUGGGGUUGAGACCAGUCGGAUCCAGCAGGAGACGGACAACACUUUCAGUGUGAGCAGUUAUCUGACUCUGUCAGCCUCAGACUGGAACACACACGAGCUUUACUCCUGUCUGGUUAAACACGAGGCUCUAGCAAACCCGCUAAAAAAAAGUAUAGAGAAGUCCAAUUGUAUCUGAUGCAACAAUCCUGGGUAAUACUCUAUGAUAUCAAUAGUAAAAAUCGAUAGUGAGAAAUUCGAACUUAAAAGCUGGAUUUUUUUAUUUUAAUCGCGCUAUUUGAAAUUAUAACAAAAAUUCCCAUAUUGUUUGUUUGAUUCCAUUGAGUGUAUCGCGAGGGUGUGCUGACUCUGGGAUCAUCUCACCCUCCCCGUGCCAUUGCA